AUGCAUAAGCUGGGGAGAGGAAGCCGCGACAAGGUGCAACAGUUCAUGGCCAUAACUGGUGCAAGCGAGAAGGUCGCCCUUCAGGCACUGAAAGCUAGUGAUUGGCACUUAGAAGGGUCUUUUGAUUAUUUCUACAGCCAGCCACAGAUUUCUGUGACCAAUUCUCGACAUCUUGAAGAUCUUUACAGCAGAUACAAAGAACGUGACGCUGAUAUGAUCAUGGUGGAAGGCACAUCUCAACUGUGCAACGACCUGUUGGUGGAUCCUCAGGAUGUUGUCAUGCUUGUCAUAUCAUGGCACAUGAAAGCUGCCACAAUGUGUGAAUUUACUCGCCAGGAAUUCAUUGAUGGUCUGCAGUCAAUUGGGGUAGAUUCAAUUGAGAAGCUCCGUGAGAAACUUCCAUCACUGCGAGCUGAGAUAAAGGACGAUAAUAAGUUCCGUGAGAUAUACAACUUUGCGUUUGCUUGGGCUAGGGAAAAGGGUCAGAAAUCCCUUCCACUGGAGACAGCUAUUGGAAUGUGGAGGUUGCUGUUUGCUGAAAGGCAUUGGCCCUUAAUUGAUCACUGGUGUCAGUUUCUACAGGUCAGGCAUAACAAAGCCAUCUCUAGGGACACAUGGUCUCAGCUGUUGGAAUUUGUCAAGGUAAUGUUAUUGCAGACAAUUGAUCCACAGUUAUCCAACUAUGACGAAGAAGGUGCUUGGCCCUACCUAAUUGAUGAAUUUGUGGAGUACCUAACCGAGAAUGGAUGCGUUCAGCGUAACAAGUGA